AUGAAUUUAGUUAGUUUAUAUAGUCAUAACACUAAAAUUUUAGUUUUUUGUUUUAAGUCUGGGGCUAUUGGGUUUAAUACUCAAAUUUUGAAAAUCAAUCGACCUUAAAAUUAACUAGAAAAAAGAAUGAAUUUAAAAGGUGUUUUAUUUUUGGAAAAAAUUGUGAUUUUACUUUCAGUUUUUUAUUUUUACUUCAAUCUUUAAUAAAUUUAUAAAAAUAAGGACUGUUCAUCGCUUUCCAAUUUAAUUUAGCUUGACCUUUUAGUUUGAAUCAUUUCCUUAUCUAUUAUUAUAAAAAAAUUUAGGAGCGGAGAGUUUGCUCCCAAUUUUAAUCCUAUUUUGGAGUGUCAAAAUAAUUGUUAUUUAGAUUUCUCUUUUGUAAUUUCAAUAUCUCCAAUAUCCUAAACAAAAUACUAAUAAUUUUUCUUUGAAAGGAAGACUGAUUAUUUAUUAAGCACAAUUCUAAGAGCAUAAAAUCCUAAUAUCCUCUCCUAUUUAGACUCAGUGUUACAGAAAUCAAGAAACUUAUGUGGACAUCGACCUUCUGAUCCUUAUACAAGAUUCUCAAUAUCUUAAGUUUAUACAGGCAUCAUAAAAACAGACCGAGAUGUAAGGAACAUAUCUAGUUCUCCUUCUAUCUUGUUUCUCAAAAAUCAAUGGUUCAAUAAUCAACAUUAAAAAGCAAAAAGGAAUAUUCAUCUCCAAAAAAAAGUGAAUAAAUUUAAUUUCAAUCAGAGUCCAGCCAAAAUAGGUUUAGUUCCUUAAAGAGAUAACAAUGAGGUUGAGAGUUAAAAGGUAUAGAAUUUAUUAAAUAAUGAAGGUGCAAAUGUGA